ACACACUUUUAACAUCACAAUCUUCAUUCUUUAGCCUUUUCAUCCAAAUUCAUCAUCCUAAUUCAAAAACACCUCAACAAUGGCCGGUGGAAAGUCCAAGUCGAAGGCCUCCAACAAGAAGGGCAACGCUGAAGCUACGACCUCUGCGCUCCAGCCGUUUCCCUAUGUAGACGGCUCAUUUCUUGAGUUCGGGUCGGAGGAAGAACUCACGUGCUUCCUCAAUCACUUUGCCAAAUGCCCGAUCUCUCCGCCUCGCGUGCUACCGGAGCUGUAUCCCCAAGACAAAGGGUACCACGACCUCGACAAUCAACUCAAAGAGUCGGGUUUGUGGCCCUUCGUCUCCAAGAGCCGCACCUCCUUCAAUCCCGCCUAUGUCCGGGCCUUCUACUCAAAUCUGCGUCGUGACGGGUACACCAUCUACAGCAUCAUCAAUCUCUACGACAUAGAGAUUAACUUGCCGACAUUUGCACGGAUCGCAGGGCUGCCCAUCCGUGGUGACGACAUCGCGACGUACGGUGGCGACGAUUGGAUCCUCAACAACGAGGCGGUCGUCAUUUGCGAGCUUGGGAUCACCAACUUGAUCUGCCACAGCGGCGCGCCGACGAUCCACUCGGCCCCACCAGACAAGCACCUCCUUCUCUACAUCAUCACUUGGAUUCUUCGCCCCCGGGACAGCAGCCACACCUCGCUCUUCAACGAGGACUUGAAGGCGAUUCAUGCCAUCAUGCACGGCACCUCCAUCAACUGGGCGAAAUUCAUCAUGAUUCACAUGGCGGAUUGCGCCUCCAUCGCCACCGAGCGGAGCCUGCCAUGCGCCUUCCUCGUCAUGGACCCCAUCGUCUCCGCCGACAUCCACAUCGCCGGGCCAAGCACGAAGAUGACGAAGCUGUGGGUCAUCGCCGACAAGACCUUCAAGCAGAAGUGCGGAGACCAAGACGGUGCUGGACCGAGUCGUGCCCGUGCCCCCGCUCUCGCACCUGCACCCGCUCCCGCCCGGGCCUCGUUGCAGUCCAUAGCUGACACCCUGAAUCGGCUAACCCUCACGGUGGACAACAUGGGGCAGUACAUGGAGCGGAUGGAUUGGACGUUGCAACACCAACACCACGACAUGACGGCGCUCUUCCGCGGCAUCAACUACGUCAUGCCGCCCUUUGACAGCACCAUCCUCGGCCAAAACUUUGAGGGCGAGGAUGAGGACGACGAGUCCUACACUCCGUCAUCCUCUCCCAACGAGGCCGACUUUGAGGACGCAGUCGAUGGUGAUCCCAUGGACGUCGAGGACAACGAGGACGCCGAUGCCUAGACUCUUCCCUUCUUUCCUUUUUUAAAACUAUGAUUGUAUUUUUUUAAAUUCCAUUCCGUUGUAUUCCGCAUUUUCCUUCUCUUUAAUGAAUAAAAGUUUACUUUUAAUUCUUUUUGUUAAUGUCAAAAGGGGAAGAUAAAAAGGUUAUGAUUGGUUUUUACUUUUUGGCAUGUUUAAACAGUUCUCCAACAAAAACACCUUGAAAACCACCUUUCAUUUUUGGUUGUUUGGGAAAAACCACGUAAAACGGCAUAAACUUGGCUAGCCGUG